AGCAGCAGUUUCGGCUCCCGCUUCCGCCGGGGCCGCCCUGGCGACCGGCCACGGCGCCUCCGGCCGCGUCAUGGGGUGACGUCCUUUGUCACUUCCAGGGCAGCCCUUGCCAUCGCUUCGGCGCCGCGGCCUGGCGCCCCGAUGGCCCGCCUCGCGUCGGCGACCUCGACGCAGGCCCUCCCCGGCGCCACGAAGGACCGGACGCCGCGCCAGAGCAGCCGUGUGUGCGGCCGAGGGCGUUUUCGCCGGCACCAGCCACGCCGCGUCAUUCUCCCAGGAGGACGAUGCCUUCCUCGCCUCCGCCGGUGCCGCGCGGGGUGCGGCGCCCCGCCAGCUGCUUCUCGCCGGGCACCGGGUGCCGGGUGCUGGGGCAGCAGGAGAUCGACCAUGCACAGAUCUCGGCGAUGGACGUGAUGGCGGUGACAGAUCACCUCACCAGGCUGCUGCCGGGGCACAGCGCGGGCGCGGGCAUGGAAGGCCUGUGCGGGCCGGCCCCGACCGCCGGCGCCAGCAAGAGUGACCCGUACGCGAAUGUCCUCGCGGAGGUUUUCUUGGGCGUGCCUGACGCCCCUUGGCCACAUGAGCCAACCGGCUUCCCGCGUGCCUCGCCCCUUCGCCAACCGGCCGGCAGCGCGUGGCAGCAGGCGGGGGCGUGAGCAGGCAGCUGUUGAGCGCUGGCGGUCCUGACUCCGCUUCGGGACUGUCGCAAGGAGGGCUUGGGUCCUGACCACGCUGUCUCUCGCCCGUCGAAGGGCAGACAAGGCAUGAACACAAUUUUUCGGAGAUCCGCGCGGUCUUCUCAGGCUGACGCUGGAGCCCCCCUGGCGGCGCCUCCGUCGCCGCGCCCGGGCGCGCUCCAAGAAAUCAGCGCGGACCUCCAACGCGUAGUGGUCAUGCCGUUUUGCAUUUGUAUUUGGGGGGGCCCGAAUUGGCCUGGGACGCCACCGUACUAACGGCGACCAGGCCAUGCCCUCUGCUGACUUACGGGCGCCUCCGCUAGCAGCAGAGGCAAAGGUCGAUAAUUAAAGAUGGCUCGUCUUCAGCCUACUGUAUCAAGAGGGCAUGGAGUUUGCGACCGCUAGCAGUGUGGCAUCGCGGUGCGUUCCCCUUCUGAUUGCACACGUACGCGAGCGAAUCCUGAACUGAGCGCAUCCUGAGCGGAUCGCAUCGUGACGCGAUUCCCGCCCUCGAGGAGGGGGACGGCGCGCGCACGGUGAUAUUUUGAAAAGGUGGCGCGGGGAAACCCGCCCUGCGCACUAGCACAGUUGCCCGGGCUGCCCUGGGUUGGGACAAGGGCCGGCUCGCGGCCCCCGGAGGUGGGCGUAUACGUCGCGCCCGGGCGCGGCGCCGGCGGCGCCGCCGUGGUGUCUCCCAGCGCCGGUCGAGGGAGUCCAGCGCGAAGCUCCGAAGGUUUGCGUCUCCGCGUGGUUUUCUCUUCGGGCCUCCCGUAGGAGGCCGGAUCCUUUUGGAAUCGCGGAUUUCGAGACAUCCCAUCGCGAUUCGGGGCCACGCGGUCUUCUCGAAAACCAUUGAUCGUG